ACCAGCUUGAAAAAUAUACGCAACUAUUCUAAACAGAAAUAACCAUUUAUUGACAUCACUGUUACAUUUUAUAAAAUCAUUGCAAAUCUUUUGCGAAAAAUACAAAACAAAAAAAUAAAAAAAUAUAUAGUGGAAUUCGGCGCUAGGGUGUUUAUAGAAAUAGUAAAAAAUGUCCUCCUUAAAUGAUUAUAAACUAAGCUGCGAGCUUGUAGGCCAUAGUAUGGAUGUGCGCGCAGUUUGCGCUGCUGGUAUAAUAGAGGGAGCCGGACAAAUUAUUGUCUCUGGGUCCAGAGACAAGUCUACGAAAUUGUGGCGACCGUUUGACAAGGAGUACAUAGAAUCGGUAACCCUUCAAGACCAUAAGGAUUUCGUAUCCUGUGUGUUUUACCACGAGACUGAACAUUGGCUCUGCACCGGCAGUAAUGAUGCUACUGUUUGCAUUUACUUAGAGAACGGUUUAGUGCCAAUUUUAAUUUUAAAGGGACAUCUUUCCACGGUGUGUUCCGUGGCAGCGGGUAUACAUAGCCGUAGCCUGAUAACAGGAAGUUGGGAUACUACAGCACGCAUUUGGACCAUAGAUGAAACCGGCAGCUACAGUUUUGUGCAAUUGAAAGGCCACGAAGCUGCUGUUUGGGCAGUAGCUUCAAUGCCGGAAACAAAAAAAAUUGUUACAGGCUCAGCAGAUAAAAAUAUUUUUUUUUGGAAUGAUAAAGGUGAAAAAUUGCGCAUACUUAAAGGUCAUACGGAUUGUAUUCGCGGAAUACUGGCACUGAAAAACGGUUGCCUAGUUUCGUGUGCAAAUGACGCAACAGUGCGUUUUUGGAAUUCGGAUGGGGAAUGCGUGCAGCAAAUGACCGGUCAUACCAACUUCAUAUACGGAAUUGCUCAAAAUAAAGCGAUGGGUGACAAGUGUGUAGUAACCUGCGGUGAAGAUAGCACGUUGCGUAUGUGGAAUUUAAACAACGGGGAAGAGAUGGGCUUACCUUUACUACUUCCCGCUCAAUCGAUAUGGUCUGUUGCGUGUUUAAACAAUGGCGAUAUAGUCACGGGUUGCAGUGAUGGUAUAGUCCGGAUAUUUACAAAAGAUCGUAAUAAAUUCGCUGAUGCUAAAUUGUUGGGCGCUUACGAAAAGGCCAUAGAAUCUAGAAAAGCUCAAAUGUCUGAAGAACUUGGUGGCAUAAAGAAAACGGAUCUUCCUGGGCCCGAAGUCUUAUUGACGCAGGGUACCCGGGAGGGACAAACGAAAAUGGUGCGCCACGCAGACGGUUCGGUCAAGUGUUAUAACUGGACUUUAGGUAAAUGGAACUUGGUUGGUGACAUUACUGGAGCUUCAGGAGGUACACAAGUCACCUCCGGUAAAAUUCUACAUGAAGGCAAGGAAUAUGAUUAUGUAUUUAAUGUGGACAUAUCAGAUUCAGAGCCACCACUGAAAUUGCCUUAUAACCGUGGCGAAGAUCCUUGGCAUUCUGCUCAAUCUUUUAUACAUCGUCAUAAUUUGCCUCAAGCUUAUUUAGAUCAAGUGGCCAAUUUCAUAAUUAAGAAUUCAUCCUCGAAUGCAGCUCCCGCUGUGUCCAGCUCCUACCAGGAUCCUUUCACUGGUGGAAAUCGUUAUGUGCCGGGGUCAAGUAAUAAUGACAUACCUGCAUAUCGAAAUUCAGAUCCAUUCACAGGGGACUCCAGUUACAACACUGCCAACCCUCAGCAGUCCAAAAUGCAGAAAGAUGGGGAAAAACAUUUUCCAUUAACCACUUAUUUGACGUUUGAUACCUACGAUCCUACCAAAGUUUUAGACAAACUAAAAGAAUUCAAUCAAAAGCUACCUUCAACAGCUGAAAAAGUAACUGAGAAUAUUCUAAAGCGCCUUAUAAAGUUGGCUGAAUAUCCUGGCAAUCCAGAUCAGGGUGCCAUUGAGGGUUUAAAAUUAAUGCUAAACUGGCCGAGUGAGUUUCUGUUUCCUGUUUUUGAUAUUUGCCGGUUGGCUUUACGUACGGAAUCAACAUUCGUUAUUUUAAAGUCUUGGGAUUUUAUGGAUCUAAUUAUGCCUCAUCUAGCCACAUCGGCAGCUAAUCAAUUAAUGAUCGUACGAUGCUUUGCUAAUAUGAUGAAUCACAGUGCUGGCCGGCAAGACAUUGAUGCACUGUUGUCAAUCUUAGUGAAUCGCAUUAACAGUAUUAAAACAGGCAGCAAUAAUUUGCAGAUCGCGAUUGCCACGUUUUACUUAAAUAUCACUACUACGCAAACAUUGGGUUUAGCUAAUGGUGAUAAAUGUCGCGUCGUUGCCGAGGGUAUCAUUGAACUUCUCAAGUGGGCUCUUGACUUGGAAGCUUGCUACCGCUCUAUGCAAGCGAUCGGUAACUUGACGACUACACCUUUUGGACAAGAAACCUUGGCGUUAGUAGUAUCAGUUGAUUAUGUUAUGGAUAAAAUAAGAGAAUUAACGAAUACACCACAAACUGGGAGUUUUGUUAAAAUCAAUUCAAUUGGUUCCGCUUUACUGGCCGCAUUUUGA